AUGGAACUGCCAAUGAACUGGAUCUGGGUUGGUUUUCUAUUCCAUGUUCCCUUGCUGGGAUGUUUCGAUAUUCACAUUUCGGACACAUUGCAUCCAGGUACUGUUUUGUCAAAUUUAUCACUUGGACCCAGUUGGAGCUAUAAAAUCGAUAGGACUUUAACUCCCAAAUUUAUUCGUAACUUUUUAAAAAUAGACGGUCAAAGCGGAGUCCUAACUCUUUCCCGAAGAGUGGACUGUACGCACAUACCGAGGAAUCCAGCGCCGGUCUAUUUUAAGAUCAGGUCUUUGACAUCUGAAAACUUUAUUUUGACACAUUUUAAUGCCUAUGUGCAUGGACAGGAUUGCUUCAUCAAGUAUAAGAGAAAGAACGCGUCAGGUAAGCCAGAUAUCCAAAUUAAUUACCUUUCAAGAGUCGGGGCAACUUCCUGCUUUUCUGCAGGUAAUUUGCUCUUGAAUGUAAAGGAACAUUUACCUGUGUUUACUCGAAAUUUAAAGUUUUCCACUUGGUCAUGCACGGAAACGGACUUGAAAGUAGUUUUUAACAACGGGAGCAUAACGCUGAGCGGGGACGGCUGCUUGCAGCCCGGGGAGCGGAGCGAGGUUGGUUUGCUGUGCACAUUGCACGGCUCGCAUAGUGACCGCGUCUCCGUGCGCGUGAAAUUGCGAUUUAUGACAACAGACAGGAAUGGUUUGUUUACGGACCCUGAUCAGGAGAGACUGGAUCCCUGGAGCAAACGAAAAAGGAGAAACGUGAACACCGCUCCUCAGUUUCAGCUCCCAAACUAUCAUGUGUCGGUGCCGGAGAACGAGCCAGCUGAAACCCGGGUCAUUACGCUCAAAGCAAUUGAUUCGGAUGAUGGGGAGGCUGGGAGAAUUGAGUAUGGCAUGGACGCUCUUUUCGAUAGCAGAUCCAAUGAUUAUUUUCACAUCAACCCACAGACCGGCAGCAUCACAACAAUGCAGCCUUUAGACAGGGAGAUCAAGGACACGCAUCUCUUCAAAGUUACUGCUACCGACCACGGUUCCCCGCCGAGGUCUGCCACUGCUUACCUUACCGUCACUGUCAGUGACACCAAUGAUCACGGGCCGGUGUUUGAGCAGACGGAAUAUCGGGUGAAUAUUCGGGAAAACGUGGAGGUAGGGUUCGAAGUGAUAACUAUUCGGGCGACAGAUGGGGACGCGCCCUCCAACGCCAACAUGAUCUAUAAGAUUGUGAACGGUGACGGGGCGAACGCGGGUUUUGAAAUCGAUCCGAGGAAUGGGCUGGUUAAAAUCAAGGUCCGCCCAGACAGAGAAACUCAGUCCCAGUAUCAGCUCAUCGUGGAAGCUAAUGAUCAGGGCAAAGACCCGGGGCCACGGAGUAGCACUGCCACAGUGCAUAUCACCGUGGAGGACGAGAACGACAACUACCCCCAGUUCAGUGAGAAAAGGUACGUGGUUCAGGUGCUGGAGAAUGUAGCGGUGAACACCAGGGUGGCCCAGGUGGAGGCCACCGACAAGGAUGAGGGGAACAACGCCAGAGUCCACUACAGCAUCAUCAGUGGGAACGUGAAGGGCCAGUUCUACAUCCACUCCCCCACGGGCGUCAUCGAUGUCAUCAACCCCUUGGAUUAUGAGAUGAUCAGGGAGUACAAUUUGCGGAUAAAAGCGCAGGACGGAGGCAGGCCCCCACUGAUAAACGGAACAGGGAUGGUUGUCGUCCAGGUGGUGGACGUGAAUGACAACGCCCCCAUGUUUGUCAGCACUCCAUUCCAGGCCACCGUGCUGGAAAACGUGGCGAUCGGGUACUCCGUGAUCCACAUCCAGGCUAUCGACGCUGACUCUGGGGACAAUGCCCGCUUGGACUACAGGCUCAUAGACACAACCCCCGGCUUCCCUUUCACCAUUAAUAACAGUACAGGCUGGAUUACAGUUGCCUCUGAGCUGGACAGGGAAACCACGGAGUUCUACACCUUCGGUGUGGAGGCCAGGGAUCACGGUGUCCCUGUGAUGUCAUCCUCGGCCAGUGUGAGCAUCACGGUGCUGGACGUGAACGACAACGUCCCCACGUUCACCCAGAAGGUGUACACGCUGAAGAUAAACGAGGAUGCUGUGGUGGGGACCAGCGUGCUGACGGUCACUGCCGUCGAUAGGGACGUCAAUAGCGUGGUGACGUACCAGAUCUCCAGUGGGAACACGCGGAACCGCUUCGCCAUCACGAGCCAGAGCGGGGGCGGGCUGAUCACCUUGGCCCUGCCUCUGGACUACAAACAGGAGCGGCAGUACGUGCUGACAGUGACGGCCUCAGACGGCACGCGCUAUGACACCGCCCAGGUCUUCAUCAACGUCACCGACGCCAACACCCAUCGGCCCGUCUUCCAGAGCGCCAACUACCAGGUGAUGAUCAGCGAGGACAAGCCUGUGGGCUCCACGGUGGUGGUGAUCAGCGCCACCGACGAGGACACGGGCGAGAACGCCCGCAUCACCUACGUCAUGGAGGACAAUGUGCCCCAGUUCAAGAUCGACCCGGACUCGGGUGCCAUCACCACCCAGACGGAGAUUGACUACGAGGACCAGGCCUCCUACACGCUGGCCAUCAUCGCCCGCGACAACGGCAUCCCCCAGAAGUCGGACACCACGUACGUGGAGAUCAUCGUGCUGGACGCCAACGACAAUGCGCCGCAGUUUCUCCGGGACAUGUACAAGGGCAGCGUGCCCGAGGACGCUCCCGUCUACACCAGCGUUCUGCAGAUCUCCGCCUCUGACCGGGACUCGGGGUCCAAUGGGAGGCUGAGUUACACCUUCCAGGGUGGCGACGAUGGUGAUGGUGACUUUUACAUUGAGCCCUACUCUGGGAUCAUCAGGACAGCCAGGAAGCUGGACAGAGAGAAUGUUCCGGUGUACAGCCUCAAGGCCUAUGCGGUGGACAGGGGGGUUCCCCCUCUGAAAGCGGCUGUGGACAUCCAGGUGUCAGUGCUGGACAUUAAUGACAAUGCACCUGUGUUUGAGAAAGAUGAGAUGUUCAUCUAUGUUGAGGAGAACAGCCCUGUGGGUUCAGUGGUGGCCCAGAUCGUGGCUACGGACCCGGAUGAGGGCACUAACGCCCAGAUCAUGUACCAGAUCGUGGAGGGCAAUGUCCCAGAGGUGUUCCAGCUGAAUAUUUUUAAUGGAGAACUGACCGCCCUUACUGAUUUGGACUACGAGUCUAAGACAGAGUACGUGAUCGUGGUCCAGGCCACCUCAGCACCGCUGGUCAGCCGGGCCACGGUCCACGUCAAGCUGGUGGACGUCAACGACAACGACCCCAUACUGCAGGACUUCGAGAUCAUCUUCAACAACUACGUCACCAACAAGUCCAACAGCUUCCCAUCCGGAGUAAUAGGGAAGGUGCCGGCCCACGACCCGGACGUUUCGGACAAGCUGCACUACAGCUUUGUGGAGGGGAAUGAGCUCAGUCUCCUGAUUCUGAACCAGGACACGGGGGACCUGAGGCUGAGCCGGGACCUUGACAACAACCGAGCCCUGGAGGCCACAAUGCGGGUUUCUGUCACAGAUGGCCUGCACCGUGUCUCGGCCCUGUGUACCCUGCGCGUCACCAUCAUCACCGACGACAUGCUGACCAACAGCAUCACGGUGCGGCUGGAGAACAUGUCCCAGGAGCGCUUCCUGUCCCCGCUGCUGUCCCUCUUCGUGGAGGGCGUGGCCACCGUCCUCUCCACCAGCCGCGACGGCGUCUUCGUCUUCAACAUCCAGAACGACACCGACGUCCACGGCAGCAUCCUGAACGUGACGUUCUCGGCGCUGCUGCCCGGCGCGCCGGCCGGCCGCUACUUCCCCUCGGAGGAGCUGCAGGAGCAGAUCUACCUGAACCGCACGCUGCUGACGCUGAUCUCCACGCAGCGCGUGCUGCCCUUCGACGACAACAUCUGCCUGCGCGAGCCCUGCGAGAACUACAUGAAGUGCGUGUCCGUGCUCAAGUUCGACAGCUCGGCGCCCUUCAUCGCCUCCGACACCGUGCUGUUCCGGCCCAUACACCCCGUCAACGGCCUGCGCUGCCGCUGCCCGCCGGGCUUCACCGGCGACUACUGCGAGACCGAGAUCGACCUGUGCUACUCCGGGCCCUGCCGGAACAACGGGAGGUGCCGCAGCCGGGAGGGAGGAUACACCUGCGAGUGCCUGGAGGACUUCACCGGUGAACACUGUGAGGUGAACGCCCGCUCCGGGCGGUGUGUGCCCGGGGUGUGUAAGAACGGGGGCGAGUGUGUGAACCUGCUGGCGGGCGGGUUCAUGUGCCACUGCCCGGCGGGAGAGUACGAGAAGCCCUACUGCGAGAUGACCACCCGCAGCUUCCCCGGACAGUCCUUCGUCACCUUCAGAGGGCUGAGGCAGCGGUUCCACUUCACGGUGUCUUUCACGUUCGCCACUCGGGAGAGGAAUGCCCUGCUGCUGUAUAACGGCAGAUUUAAUGAGAAACAUGACUUCAUUGCCCUGGAGAUCAUCGAGGAGCAGAUCCUGCUCACCUUCUCAGCAGGAGAGGCCAAAACCACUGUGUCUCCCUUCGUCCCGGGUGGAGUCAGCGAUGGCCAGUGGCACUCGGUCCAGCUGCAUUACUACAACAAGCCCAACAUCGGACGCCUGGGUGUCCCCCACGGUCCCUCGGGGGAGAAGGUAGCAGUGGUUGCUGUGGACGACUGCGACAUCGCUAUGGCGGUGCGCUUCGGCAGCCAGAUUGGGAACUACUCCUGUGCUGCCCAGGGCACCCAAACCGGGCAGAAGAAGUCCCUGGACCUCACCGGGCCGCUUCUCCUAGGCGGUGUUCCCAAUCUCCCGGAGGAUUUCCCAGUCCAGAACCGUGACUUUGUGGGCUGCAUGCGGAACCUGACCAUCGACGGCAAGCCCAUAGACAUGGCCAGCUUCAUCGCCAACAAUGGGACCACCGCAGGCUGCACUGCGAAGAGCAACUUCUGCACCAAGGAUCUGUGUCAGAAUGGAGGAACCUGUAUCAACAAGUGGAACACAUACUCCUGUGACUGCCCAGUGAAGUUUGGAGGAAAGAACUGUGAGCAAGCCAUGCCGUCUCCUCAGUACUUCGAUGGCCAAGCCCUGGUUUCCUGGAACGAGCCUGACAUCACCAUCGCCAUCCCGUGGUACCUGGGCCUGAUGUUCCGCACCCGGCAGAGCAGCGGGACCCUGAUGCAGGCCAAUGCUGGAGCCUCCUCCCAGAUCAACCUGCUGAUCAGGAACAAUCAGGUGCGUUUCGAGGUGCUCCUGGGAAAGAAGCUGAUGGCCGUCCUGGAGUUCGCGCAGGUGCGGGUGAAUGACGGGGAGUGGCAUCAUGUGCUGGUGGAGCUGAAGAGCAUCAAAGACGGAAAGGACAUCAAGUACAUGGGGCGGGUGUCUGUCGACUACGGCAUGUUUCAGAGGACAGUGGAGAUUGGGAAUGAGCUGCCAGGUCUGAGAGUGAAGAGUCUGUUUGUGGGCGGGCUGCUGGGGAAAGAUGGGGCGGUCCAACACGGCUUCCAUGGCUGCAUGCAGGGUGUGCGGAUGGGCGAGACGUCCACCAACACGGCCAACGUCAACAUGCAGCAGGGCCUGAGGAUCCGCGUGGAGGACGGCUGCGACAUGGCCGACCCCUGCGACUCCAACAUCUGUCCCGAGCACAGCUACUGCAGCGACGACUGGACCACCCACACCUGCAUCUGCGACCCAGGGUACUUUGGGAAAGACUGCGUGGACGCCUGUCAGCUCAACCCCUGUGAGCAUGUGUCCAGCUGCGUGCACAAGCCCAGCUCCUCCCACGGCUACACCUGCGAGUGCGGAAGCAACUACUACGGCCAGUACUGUGAGAACAAGGUUGACCAGCCUUGCCCUCGUGGUUGGUGGGGGAACCCAAUGUGUGGCCCCUGCAAUUGUGACGUCAGCAAGGGGUUCAACCUGGACUGCAACAAGACCACGGGCGAGUGCCGCUGCAAAGAUAACUAUUACAGGCCGAAUGGCGGGGACACCUGCUUCCCGUGCGAUUGCUUCGCCCAGGGCUCCACGGGCCGCACGUGCGACCCCCACACCGGGCAGUGCCCCUGCAAGGCGGGCGUGAUCGGGCGGCAGUGCAACCGCUGCGACAACCCCUUCGCCGAGGUGACGGUUGGCGGCUGUGAGGUUGUUUAUGAGGGCUGCCCCAAGGCCUUCGGCGCAGGUAUCUGGUGGCCCAAGACCAAGUUCGGUCGUCCUGCUGCGAUGAACUGUCCCAAGGGAACCACAGGGACGGCGAUCCGACACUGUAGUGAUGAAAAAGGCUGGCUGCCUCCUGAGCUGUUCAACUGCACCACCAUCACCUUCUCCCAGCUCAAGAAACUGAACGAGGAGAUGCAUCGGAAUGAGUCCAGGAUGGACGGCGAGAAGUCCAAGAACAUCGCCCACCUGCUGCAGAACGCCACCAACCACACCGCCACCUUCUAUGGUAACGACGUGAGGACGGCCUACCACCUGAUCUCGCGGGUUCUGCAGUAUGAGAGCCGGCAGCAGGGCUUCGACCUGGCUGCCACCCGGGACGCCGAGUUCAAUGAGAACAUAGUCAGAGCGGGCAGCGCCAUACUGGACCCGGGCUACAAGGAGCACUGGGACCAGAUCCAACGGUCUGAGGGUGGUACCGCUCACCUGCUCCGGAACUUCGAGGAGUACGCCAACACCUUAGCCCAGAACAUGAGGAAGACCUAUCUGAAGCCAUUCACCAUCGUCACUGAAAACAUGAUUGUUGCUGUGGAUUACCUGGACACCUCCAGCCCAGACCUUGCGAAGAUCCCCCGCUUCCGGGACAUCCAGGAGGCUUACCCCAAAGACCUGGAGUCCUCUGUGCAGUUCCCGGAGUUCAGCUUCAAACCAGCACAAAGCAUAGUGAACCCCACGGAUGAGCCUAUAGCUCGGACAGAUCCUUCAACGGGGGAGGACAAAACGGCGUCCCCGAAAAAGAGGCGGCACGCCGAAAGCGCCGGCCCCCUCCCGGUGGCCAUGGUGAUUGUCUACAGGUCCCUGGGCCAGCUCCUGCCUGAGCGCUACGACCCGGACCGCCGGAGUCUGAGGCUGCCCAACCGGCCGGUUAUCAACACCCCCAUCGUGAGCGCCAUGGUGCACAGCGAGGGGGGGCCCCUGCUCACCCCGCUGGAGCACCCCAUCACCCUGGACUACAGGCUGUUGGAGACGGAGGAGCGCACCAAACCCGUCUGCGUCUUCUGGAACCACUCCAUUGCAAUCGGAGGAACAGGAGGCUGGUCCUCAAAGGGGUGCGAGCUGGUGUCCCGGAACAGCACCCACAUCAGCUGCCAGUGCAACCACAUGACCAGCUUCGCCGUGCUCAUGGACAUCUCCAAGCGAGAGCAUGGGGACGUGCUGCCUCUGAAGAUCGUCACCUACACAACGGUGUCCGCCUCUCUGGUCGCCCUGCUCCUCACCUUCAUCCUCCUGGCCAUCAUUCGCAAGCUGCGCUCCAACCUGCACAGCAUCCACAAGAACCUGGUGGUGGCGCUGUUCUUCUCCGAGCUCGUCUUCCUCAUUGGGAUCAACCAGACCGAGAACCCGUUUGUGUGCACGGUGAUCGCCAUCCUUCUGCACUACUUCUACAUGUGUACCUUCGCCUGGAUGUUCGUGGAGGGCCUGCACAUCUACCGCAUGCUGACCGAGGUGCGCAACAUCAACCACGGCCACAUGCGCUUCUACUACGCCAUCGGCUGGGGCAUCCCGGCCAUCAUCACCGGCCUGGCCGUUGGGCUGGACCCGCAGGGCUAUGGGAACCCAGACUUCUGCUGGCUGUCGGUCCACGACACUCUCAUCUGGAGUUUCGCAGGGCCCAUCUCCAUUGUGGUCCUGGUCAACAUUGUGAUAUUUGUGCUGGCUGCGAAGGCCUCAUGCGGACGAAGGCACCGUACCUUUGAGAAGUCUGGGGUCAUCUCAGCCCUGCGCGCCGCCUUCAUGCUCCUGCUGCUCAUAAGCGCCACCUGGCUGCUGGGCCUGAUGGCGGUCAACAGCGACGUCAUGACUUUCCACUACCUCUUCGCCAUCUUCAGCUGUCUGCAGGGAAUAUUCAUAUUCUUCUUCCACUGUGUCUUCAACAAAGAAGUGAGAAAGAAUCUGAAGAACGUCUUCACGGGCAAGAAGGCCCUGCCGGACGAGUCCAGCACUACCCGGGCUUCGCUGUUAACCCGUUCGCUGAACUGCAACAACACGUACACAGAGGAGGGGGCGCUGUACCGCACGCACAUUGGCGAUUCCACCGUGUCCCUGGACAGCACCAUCAGGUCAGCCAAGAGCCACAGCAGCUACCUCGCUUACGCUCUCAGGGACGAUGCUGGACAGAAGGCCGGCGUCUCUUCCGGGACGGCCAAAGUGGGGCACGCCGAAGGAGACUCCUCCCUCUUCCAUCGGAACGGCACCAAGGGAGACGACUCGGACUCAGACAGCGAGCUGUCAGUGGAUGAGCACAGCAGCUCCUACGCCUCGUCUCAGUCCUCCGACAGCGAGGACGACGAGGUGGACAUGAAGCCCAAGUGGAACAACGAGCGGCAGCCGCUGCACAGCACCCCCAAAGUGGACACGGUGGCCAAUCACGUGAAGCCUUAUUGGCCGGCGGGGGCAACGACGGCCAGUGACAGCGAGGACCCAGGUGGGCCGGAGAAGCUGCGGGUGGAGACCAAGGUUAAUGUGGAGCUGCACCCAGAGAACAAGCUGAACCACAUUGGGGACCCGCCCCAACCCGACAAGGAUCCCCAGGGCAAUGAGGGUGUGACCCCCAGCCAGCCCAACAUCAACCACCAGCCAGAGCAGAGGAAAGGGAUUCUGAAGAACAAGAUCACCUACCCGCCCCCGCUGACGGACAAGAACAUGAAGAACCGCCUGAGGGAGAAGCUGUCCGACUACAACCCCCCCACCAUCACGUCCAGGACGCCGUCGGUGGGCUCCAAUGACGGCGUCCGCCCGGUCGCCGGCUCCAACAGCAUGAUCAUCAAGCCUCCACAGAGGCCACCCGUGCCCCCCCGCGAGCAGCAGAACGGGGUCGCCAUGAACCUGCGGGCCGGGGGGGUCAACGGGGGCGACGCCUCAGACUCAGACGGCAGUAACGAAACCUCAAUCUGACCCAGCAGGAAAUCCAAGGAGACCCUGCCUUCGUGAGGGGU